AUGGGGAAUAUGGACAUGGGCGAUGGCGUUCCCAGCCUCUUCUACCUCCAGAAGAUGUACUGGGCCGUUAUAGGGAGUGCCAUCGGUGCCGCAACUGUCGUCAAUAUUCUAAAUCGCUUCAUUGCGUUUCAAAGACUACGGGACUCAACCCUGACUCCCUCAAAACCCAAAUCCCUCUUUUUCAGCACAUAUGCUACUUUCACGGCGAUGGUUCGUGAGGCAAGCUAUGCAUCUCUCCCUCCCUGUACCAUCUUCGGCCACCAAUUCCACUUUGCGCCGCUGGGUCCAUUGGCCAUCGUUUUGGCCAAUGUUAUCGUGGUUAUUGUGUUUUGCUUCUACAAGCUCGACACGACAAACCAAUGGGAAUGGGAGGAUAUCGGCUAUCGCACGGGGUUCGUGACGAUUGCCCAGUUGCCGAUGAUAUAUCUGCUCGGAGGCCGGCAGAACAUUAUCGGAUAUCUAGCGGGCAUCAGCUACCAGCGUCUGAACUGGUUUCAUCGCUGGGUCGCACGAACUGUCUGGCUGUCGGCUACCUUCCACAUGGGGUUCUGGUUUCGAAGCUGGGCUCGAUAUGAUUAUAUUCUGUACCAGCUGCAUAACGAUUAUUUUGCGAAGCGCGGAUUUGCCGCGUGGAUUAUUCUCACCUUUAUUGUUAUUUCUUCCUCACGUCCGGUCCGCCGGCUGAGCUACGAGUUCUUCGUCAUCCAGCAUCUAGUGAUGUUUGUCGGGUUUACCGCAGCAGUUUGGCUCCAUGCGACAAACGAGGUUAAAGUUUGGGUGUGGAUUCCAAUCGGACUACUUGUCUUUGACCGUGUUGCACGGUACGCAUGGGCAACAUAUGUCAAUCUAUCCGUUUUCCACCGGUCCUCCUCGCACGCGCUUUGGGCCAACCGAGCAUCGUUCACUCCGUUGCCGGGAAAUGUCACCCGGAUCACCAUUGAGAAUCCCGGAACACGAUGGCAGGUGGGCCAGCAUGUCUUCCUCACUUGCCACUCAAUCGUGCCCCUACAAUCCCACCCAUUCACUAUAGCCUCGAUUCCCGAGGACAAUAAAAUGGAGUUCCUCGUUCGCGCGGAGAAGGGAGGAACGAGACGGUUCUUUCGGUACGCAUCCAAACACCACCAGGUCCUUGGAGCCCCGGACUCUGCAAUCCCGGGGAAGCAAACACGCACAGUGUUCCUGGAUGGGCCGUAUGGGACAUCUCGGGACCUCCGGCAAUUUGACAGCGUGGUUUUACUUGCGGGGGGUAUGGGCGCAACGUUUACGAUGCCAUGCCUGCGGUAUAUUGUUGCCAAAUGGAAAGCAGAGUGUUCCCCACCUAGCAAUCAGCGUGGCGCUCCCCCACGCACUCGUCUGGCUGUAACAAAACGCAUCCGCUUUGUGUGGGUGAUUAAAUCGCGCGCGCAGCUUAGCUGGUUUGACUCGCAGCUGCGAACGGUUCUUGUGGACGCAAACGCCUGCCGACGCGCAAACCCCGACCUCAUCCGAGAGAUCGAAAUUAGCAUCUACAUCACCUGCGAUGAGAAGCUCGAACAGCCGUCACAGGGCACAUCUUGUUUACCACGAGGAACCGCUCCUGUCUUACCCGAGACCACAAGAGUCACGGCCGAUGAAAAGAUACCCGAAAAAGAAACCGCCUCCAUUCACUCUGCCAUCCCACCUCCACCCUCUUUCAAUCAGGGCUGCCUACCUAAUGGUGGGUGCUGCUGCACUGCAGCUAUUAAGGACGAGGACGCAAUGCAACCGCACCGAUGCACCUGUUCGGGGGAGACUCCGUCACAAACGCAGCCUAAUCUCCCAGAGCUGACAAUGAUAUCUGGGCGACCGAUCGCACGUACGAUUAUCCGAAAGGUCCUCGAAAAGGCCGAAGGCGAGAGUGCUGUGGUCGUGUGCGGACCGCAGGGAUUGUCCGACGAUGUGCGGCGAAGCGUAGUGUCUCUUAGCGAUGAACGAGCGGUACAUAAAGGGACGGGGGCCCAGGGGAUAUAUUUACAUGUAGAGAAUUAUGGUUGGUGA